AUGUCUUCCUCCGGCCAAGGCGGCCGCCUCAGAAGAUACCACAACACCGCUCCUCAUAAUACCCAGACGGCCCACGUAACCCCUCCAUCCCCAUCCACCUCCGAGCCCUCCUCAAGUUCGCCCCAAAACAACCAGAGGCGCGCUCUAUUUGGAAGGGAUUCGAGGUGGGCCCCAAAGAAUCGCGGUGGGGGAAAAUCUCGCCUCGCGGGCAGGUCUAGGAAAAAAGAAGAAGGUGAGAAUGUGGAGUGUUCGAGCUCAAGUUUGAAUCUUGAUUCGGGUUCUUGUUAUGUGAAUGGAGAAGAUUCGAGAUCUGUUGGUGGGUCGGGUGUGGGUAUGAAUGUUGGUCCGGAUAAUGGCGAAACUGAGGGCUGCGAAGCAACUGAAGAAUCGGGUUCGGGUAAUGAAGAUGAUGCUCUCAGUAGAUUAAAAGAGAUGAGCUUUAAUGUUGAGCCCGAGUUGGAGGAGCAAUUGCUGGCCGUCAAUCGACUGUUGCAGGAAGAUGAGCUUUUAGCUAUGGAAUCUAUUUAUGGAGAAAAAAUCCUCAUUCUCGAAAACGAAAGUAGCUUGAAGUGUUUCCAGGUUCAUAUUCAAGUUCAAGUGCCCCAAGAACUCAGCAUAACGACAAAGUUUGAGUCUUUCGGUUUUUCUGAAAAGAGUAAUGAAGAUGUUUCUGAUAUAUCGUACUCAUUUCAAGUGGAAUAUCUCCCACCAAUCUUAUUGAGUUGUUUGUUACCUAAGUCAUAUCCAAGCAAGUGUGCCCCUCACUUCACGAUAUAUGUCCAGUGGUUAAGUCAUAGUAAAAUCUCUCGUCUUUGCAGCAUGCUCGAUUUGAUUUGGGCCGAAAAUGCCGGGCAGGAAGUGACAUACCAAUGGGUCGAGUGGUUGCGUAAUUGUACCCUCUCAUAUCUUGGUUUUGAUAGUGAGUUACUUCUUGGACCCUAUGGUGUAAGACAUGAUAGUUAUUGUGGAAAAGAAGAGCGGAGGGCUAUUUCGGGAAGUUUUUCGUCUGAUGCUGAUAUUCCUACUCUUAAGAGAUACAAUGAUGAACAGAAGUACGAGAAUUUUUGCAGAGAUGUUCAAGAAUGCAGCAUUUGUCUCAGCGAAUUUGCUGGUUCGGAGUUCAUUAUGCUGCCCUGUCAGCAUUUCUUUUGCGAGAAAUGCUUGAAGACUUUCACCAACAUUCAUGUGGGAGAUGGAACAGUAUUCAAGAUAAAAUGCCCGGAAGCUAAAUGUGAUGGCACGAUGCAUCCCUCUUUGAUUAAAAGGCUACUGGGCGAAAAGGAAUUUGAUCGAUGGGAAUCUUUGGUGUUACGAAAAGCACUCGAUUCCAUGAAAGAUGUCGUGUACUGCCCGAGAUGUGAAAUGGCCUGUGUGAAGGAUAAGGAUGAGCAUGCAGUAUGCUCAAAGUGUUAUUACAGCUUCUGUACACUCUGCAUGGAUAAACGACAUGUUGGGGAAGCAUGCACGACACCUGAAUUGAAGUUAAAGAUGCUCGAGGAGCGCAGAAGAACAAAUUCGAUGGAUCCGAACCAAAGGCAGAUAGAGCAGAACAUACUCAACGAGAUGCUUACCCUCAAGGCAAUCUACAGUUAUGCGAAACAAUGUCCUAAUUGUAAGAUAGCUAUAGCUCGAAGUGAAGGUUGCAAUAAGAUGGUUUGCGAUUAUUGUGGGAAAUAUUUCUGCUACUGUUGCGCUACGGUCAUAGAGGGUUACGAACAUUUCAGGGAAUGGGGUGGGCAAUGUAAACUUUACCAAGAUGAGGGGUUGAAGAUAGUGGCUGGAGAUCAAAUGGCGGCUGCACAAAUGGCCGCUAAGUAUCCUGAACGUGCUCGUUAUUGUCCUAAUUCUAAUUGUGGUCAGCUUAAUAUCAAGGUGGGAGAUGAUAAUAACCUGCGGUGUUGGGCAUGCCAUAGACAAUUUUGCUGCUUGUGUGGAGAUAUGUCCACCAAUAGGAUCCCCAUCAACCCCAAUCUCAACCCAACACAGCCAAAAGACGGAAACUUACCUCAAAGGCGGCCCCAGAAGCCGGAGGCGGUCGCAGUCAAAGAUUCUGAUAUGGAGGUGCAAAGUCCCAAGCUCUGGCCGUCCCAACAAAUUCGUCGCAACCGCCAGAGCUUCGACCCAUCCACAGACCCACAUCCCUCCCGACGCCACCGCUGA